AUGUGUAUCUUGGUAUUUUUAGCUGUGCAUUGCAAUGCACUAAUAGGGAAAAAAUCUGAUCGAUCUGUGAACAAACGUGGUUGUGCUCGUCUUGGUGAAGUCUGUACUACUUCUUUCGAUUGUUGCGGUCAUGAUGAUCCUGAGAGUGGCCAUUGUGUUGUUUGUUAUAGCUUUUGGGCUAGUCUCACUGGUAAAGGUCAAGAAAAAUGUGGUUGUAGUUAUGGUUCUGUCACUGUUGAUCCCGAUACUCAUCGCGUCAUUAGUAAUGUUUGCAAUGGUCCCGAUCGAUCUGGUAAUAGUAUUUGUCGUACACUCCUGGUGAUCGGUAUUAUCGUGGCAGCAAGCUCUUUUAGAGCCGUGAGAAAAAAGACUAGACGCGUUACGUGCAUGAAAAGUUCAAUAAAGCCGUUAAUCAUCACCGAAACUAUUGAACAUUAUCAAUUAACUAGCAUACUCUCAUACUUUAAAAUGACUUUUAUUCCUCGUUUCGUUUUAUUUUACUUAAGAAUAAACGCACUAAAAUUAUACUCUGUCUAGUAGUUCGCGACCAUUACCAUAUACGUUGAAUCAUUGAUGAUAACACUCAUCGUCA